AUGGUAAAAAACUGCCUAGCAUGUAUCUUUCCCAAACUUCUAGAAGGACUUACUCACCCAGAUCAAAGAGAUUAGCUGCCAAUAAGAAAGAAAAAGAGCCAGUAGUACUAGAGAGUGAGCAAUCCAAAUGAUGACGAGGAAGAAGAUGACGAAGAGGCAGAUGAGGAGAUUAAGUCGUCCAAUUAGAUAGGAGAUAAGCCAACUGCUUAAUCAAAUGAAGAGGACUAAAAUCAGUUCUUCAAUGAAUUUUAGUCAUGGCGCUCAUCACAGUCGAAUCCAUAAAAAACUAGCAAUGCUAAUAACAGCAACUCACCUAGUAAAAAUGGGAGCAAAGGUUAGCAGUAGCAGCAGACAGAGCUUGCAGAGUUAAAGCCUGCCAAAAAGGGUUAAAUACUGUUGACUCUCACAGAGAAUGAAAUAGAGUAGCAGAAGAAUAAAAUAUUAGACGAGGGAAGUGAUGAUUUGUUCAAAGGUUUUACACAACAAUCAUAAAAGGAGCGUAAAUUACCUCCUGCACCCUCAGUAAACAGGGAUCAGAGAUCUAAAGCAUAGCUAAACAAUCUAUUUAACGAUCUUACCACAAAUUAAACGACUAAUUAGAGUUAGAAUAGUACUGAUCUAAGUGGCCUGCCUAUUUUCCAGAGCGACGUGUAAUAAUUAAAUUCAGGUCAAAAUGAAGAUUCGAAAUAAGAUAUAUUAGAAGAAAAGGGAUGGGAUGAUGAAAUAAAUAUCAAUAUUGAUCAAAUAAGUGAAAUGUCGAAUUUAUUGAAUAUUCUUGAUCACGAUAACGUCAACUACUAUGACAAUGAUAAUUUUGGAGACCUUGAUCUGAAUGACAUUGAAAUCUAAGAAGAUAUAUAGGUAAAAGAAGAUGCAACAACUGUGACAUCCUCAGUGGAACAUAAUAAACUGUUUGAUCUCUCAAAUCCAAAAUAGAAAACUAAAGUUAAAAAAGAAGAAUAAAAACAAAACCAAGAUGAUUCAUUUGAACAUGAGUUUAAUGAGGAUGGUGGCCAAGACUUUUUAAUAGGAUAGGCGAAGCUAUAAAAUAACUUUGAUGAUGAAUUCGACUAUGAUGACGGGGAAGAUUAAAAGGUAGUUGAGGUUCAAACUUAAAAAUUAGAUAAAAUGAAGAGUGAUACACAAAUAAUAAAGAAAGAAGAAAAUUAAGACCAAUAAUCAUAAAAACCAGAUUUUAAAAAGUUUCUUCCUACCAAAGACGAAGUUAGAAGAAAGAAUUAUAUAGGUGAUGCUAUUAUUGCGGAAAGAAAUGAAGGUGAUGAGAUCGAUGAUGAUAGUGAUUAGCCCUAGAACUAUCAGGAUGGUAAUAAUGUGGCUGGUUACAGAUCUAAAAUGAUGAGAAUUACACAAAUAUGUGAGGAAUCAAUAAAAGAUUACAAAGAUUAAAUUAAACAACUUAACAUUAAGUAGGCUGAAGAUGAUAUAGUCAAGAAAGCCAAAAGGGAGGCACAGAAAAUUGAAGAAUACAAAAACAAGUUUAGACAAUCAGCAUUUGGAGGGGUUAUAACUAAUUAGCUCUCAUCUUCAUUGGAACGAAUAAAGUAAAAGUUUGCAAUGACAGAGGAAGAUAAAACUAAAUACUAAUAACUUCAAGAAUAAUUAAGCUAACGUGACUCUAAAUAAUCAUCGGAGAGGUCAAAUAAAAGGCUUAUCAAAGUUAAAAAGAUCAUAAAAAGUUCAGCUAAUUAAGAUGAUUCGCAAAUUCCUAUUGAAAUCGGAAAAUCCCAAGAUCAAAAAAAGGCUCUUGAUAAAAAAGAAAGCAACAAUUAUGAUAUUGAUAUUGAAAUGGACAAUAAAAUUGAUGAUAAUAAACUAUAAUAAGCUAAGAAAAAGAAAAAGAAAAAGAAGAAUAAGGGGGGAGAAGAUAGUCAUAGAUAAAAGAAUUUUUAAUUACAAUCAAGUGAAGAAAAAGAAGAGUUAAAAGAAAAUAUUUAAAUUUAUAAGGAGGAUGAUUAUCGCUAAGCUUAUGGAGAAUUAGUGUCACCUGUCCAUUAGAAUAAAACAUAGCAAGUUAAAUAAGUCAUAGAUAAUAUUUAAAUAAAGCAAAAUGUAAAGCAGUAGAUUGAAAUUCCUAAUAACAAAUUUACUAUGCAGUAAAACAUUCAAAUGCAAAAGUUUGAGAUUGAAGAGCACAAUGAUUAGUCCACUGUUGAUUGGGAUGAACUUAACAGAAAAAAUAAACAAAAAGUAAUGUAAAAAGGCAACGAAGAAGAUGAGAAAGAAGAUAUUGCUAGAAGAUAAAUAGUUUAUAGCUAUGAAUAAGCCAGAGAUUACUUUUAAUCAAAAGCUGAUUUACAGUCUCAAAUAUAAUAGGCGAGAUAAAUUCAUCGCUAACAGCAGCAAAACUAAGGAUUCUUUUAAAAAUUAGCUAAUUGCUUUACAUCUUCAAAGUUUAGCAAUCCUCAACUAGAAUCUGAAAAAGAUCUAAUUCUAGGUUUAACCUUACUUAAGCUUGAAACAUCUCUUGCUGAACAUGAGAUCAUUAUAAAAAGUAUAUAUAGAAAACUCUUACCAAAUGAUUAAAAUUGCAGAACUAUAGGAGCUCAUUGGGGCAAUAUAGGCUUUUAAGGUAAUGACCCAAAAACUGAUCUAAGAGGUGGAGGAAUGCUAGGCAUCUUAAAUCUGCUUUAUUUCGUUGAUAAACUUCCUAAAACUUCAAUAUUAAUACUUAAACACAGCUAGAUUUAGCAAUCUGAGUUCCCAAUGGCUGUUAAGAUGUUGGAAAUGACUGUGAUAAUAAUAAAACUGCUUAAGUAAAGUAAGCUGACAGCUCUAUGCAAUUAAGAACACUCAGUAAUUGAAACUGUCAAUAAGCUAUUUUGUGCAGCAUUUUUAAUGUUUAUGGAAACUUAUAUCUCAAGGAAAUGCAAUAUUACUAAUGUAGAUGAGUUGAAUAAACAAGUGGAAGCAGAGCUUAGAGGUAAUCUGCGAGGGGUAACUAGUGAGUACUUUUAAAUUGAUGAUGACAAGGGUGAAAGUCUCUUAAAACAAAGCUAUAAAAAUUAGAAGGAAUAUGAAUUAGAAAAAAUCAGAAAGCUUAUGGACAAAGCUGAUAACACUUAAUUUGUAGUUAAAUAAGAAUCUAAUCAUAAUGCAUAGAAAGCAAGAAAUUAUGCCAGCAGUGAAUAGUUUAUACAAAAGGAAUAGAGGCCUUAGAAACCUUUAAGUAAAAAUGGUAAAAAUGAGUUUUCUGAAUUUUGA